UCCAGGCCUAGCCAUUAACAAGCGGCACAGGGACACAAGAUCAGCGGCGCCACCGACACAUCCCGCCGUUAUCAAAGUGCACAAUUCCUACCACUUCGAGCUGAGUAUGAUACAUCUCACAUUCGAACGCGUAUAGGAGUUCGCGUCCAACCCUUCGACGUUCAGUUGAUAUUGUCAGGUCACCGACGUUCAGUCACCAUUGCUAGGUCUUUACUUUUCUUCCCUCUCGCCAUUGUCUUCAUAAAAAAGCAGCGCGUGCAUACUCGCCCGUCAUGGUAACACCUCGAACCAUUCUGCCGCCUUUUGAGAGCCUCGUGCACUUCCAGCCCACCACAGCAAACAACCAGGAGAACACACAGCCCUUCACGAAAAAGCCUCCGCCGCCGCCCGUCAGACCACCAUUGAUUGACCUGACGAACAGCGCGCGCCCUCCUCCACCCAUAAUUAACAUCGACACACUCCCCACCGUCAAGCCCGGGCCUUACCCCGUCUCCACGGCGUGCCUCUCCAAGAAGCGCACCCACGAAUCCACGCACAACAGCAACUCGCCCACGCCCACCGGCGCCGAUGCCAAAGACGGCGACUCAGAGACAGAUGAAGAUGCCGACGAGGAGCUCCUCGAGGAGCUCGACAUGGACUGCGACGUCGUGAGGGCGCAGAUCCGCGCCUUCCUUGCGGAGGGCAACACCGCUGUCGCGUUCCGCAAGCUCAUUCGCGCCACGCCGGGCAGCUAUAAUGGGUUUAUGAAGCAGCAGGGAUGCGAUGCGGGGAUUGCGGCGGAGACGUACCGGAAUGCGGUGCUGUUCUUUGCGAAGCGCGAUAGGAGGGCUAAGAGGGCGGCAGAGGCAAACUUGGGUGCGCUUGCUGCACCUGUUAUGCCUAUUGCUGGAGCGGUAGUGGCCAGUGAGCCGGCGGCGAAGCGGAGGAAGCAAGAUGUGCCGCCGGCAGCUAAGCGCCCUGUUGAUAACUCGAUCUAUGAUGUUUUGGAUAUCCACGUGGAGAAGGAGGAACGCGAUGCAGUGCCGGUGUUCGACACAUGCGACGACAUCCGGAUAAAGAUCAGAGCGUUCUUCAGGCAGCCCGGCUGCACGCAGGCGGCACUCUUGCGGAAGCUCGGCGCCCAGUAUAUCCUGGCGCCGCGGGCGCUGAGGUCGCCACAGGCCAACACCUUUAUGCAGCAGAAGGGCCCGCUUGAGGGGAACUCGUCGGGGAUAUUUUACGCGGCAUAUGUAUAUUUUGAGAAGCUGCGGAUAAAGCAGGGCAAGAAGAAGUCGGCGAAGAGAGAAGAGAUGGAGAAGAAGUGGGGGCCUGGAGGCGUGGACAGGACCGCGGGAGGGGGGACGUUCUGGUGCAAGCAGGGGGAGGUGCAUGUGCAGGAUGAUUAUGGAAUCGUCACUUUCGAGAAGAAGGGACGACGAUAGCCUGACGAUUUAUGCGGCAAAUGGGCCCUAGUGAUGACACCUGGGGGACAAGAUACACUUUGGAUGAUAGAUUUGGGAGGGGGUAAUGGCUGGUGAUUAAUAUGGGUAAGGAGGCCUCUGGCACUGUGCGCGUUCAUAUCCUCUGUGCGAAUAUGUGUAGAUUAAUAUACCCAUCGGCUUGUUUUGCUAGAUACUUUCACACCAACCGAAGGAGUCCCCGACUUGGAAGGCGGAGGCCCAUCUCGAAGGUACUUUGCGUUUGGUGCUAAGCGUGGGAAUCAAGGUGCAGCAUAACAAAUUCAUCUUUUCUGAG